CUACCUCUGGGUUUCGGAAGAAGUGCCGGGUGGAAAAUUUCCCUUCUUGAGACCAAUUCCCCAUCCCGGGUUUACCCGUAUUCCCUGCCUGAGCUUGCCGUCCACUUCUUUUCUUUUUGGGAACUUCCAAGGCUGUAAGGCUGUAAGGCUACAAGGCUGCAAGGCUCCCAGGGCUCGAAUCUCCAAGCUAUCCAGUCCUCACGCGGCAAGCUUACCUAAAAUCCCUCCCACCUCCCAAAAGCACCGACAAAAAUCGCGGCGCCGAACCUGCGAGACGGAGUUAGGCACACCUUAUCCCCCUUCCCCCUUCCCCCUCCCCUCCCUCCUCUUCAUCCCGAUUUUUAUUUCUAUUUUCAUUCCCUUGUGAUCAUGCAUGAGCUUCUGCUCUUCGCCUCGGUCCCUGCCCAUCAGUAUCAUGAGCUCCUCCAACAGUUGGCCGGCUUGACUGCCAUGCAACCGCGUCACCGCAUAGAAAGACGGCUGGUCUUCAAGGCCUAUCGCAAGCCAGGCCUAGUCACCACCCGUGUGGGAGCCAGUCAGGACGUGCAGGGCGCCGACAUGCAACGUUUGAACAAGAUGUUGAAUGGGGGCAUGUACUACACCCAGGUCGUUGGCCCUGUGACCAAGGCGGAUUUUGGCCCGACCUCUUCGUCGGCCAUGUCAGCCUCCCAUGAUGCAGAUGUGUCUAUGUCUGGAACCGACCAGUCUUCCUACUGCUACGAAAACCAACCCUGGAGACUGGAGUUCAGAGACAUUCCCGAGGCUGGUACUCGAUCGGCCGUGACCACUCGCUUAAUGGCAAGUGCAAGCUUGCCUAAAGGUGAUAUUGCAGUUCCCAUGAAUGCCUGGGGCUAUAGUUUUGUUACCGAGUACAUGGUGGAAGGAGAUGUCUUCGUCCAGAAUGAUAUCGUCAUCUUCCUCCAUCGCGUCUUGCUGUACCCCCAGGCGGAGCCGCAGGAUUCACAUGGCCCUCGACAACAGCUACCUGCAUAUCACGAGCUCACCCCGCUCGAGCGGACGGGUAGUUACGUUCUGCAAGCCGCAAUUACUGUCCAGGACGGAAGCAACCAGGAAAUGAUGAAGACGGCGUCUCAGCAUCUGUUCGGGCUUCGAGAGCAGCUCAAGUCGGCUGUACGUCUGGAACAAGCAGAUAGGCUGUCUCUGGAUACCCGAGCGAAGUAACUGAUGCAUUCUGGCGCUUGCUUCUUUCGCAAUGUUUUAUACCCCCGGAGCUAUAUUAGCUCUCUGUUCCUGUGGUUUAGCUCUAUUAUCAAUGUACAUCCGAUGCUUCAGAUAAAGAUUAAGUAUGAGUAAAGUCGCAAGAUGUGUUUGAGAACCAAGAAUAGCAGCUGACGACCUACAACAUAUAAGUCCAC